CACGAAAAUUAUGACACGCAACACAAGCCAGUACGAUAUUAUUGGGGCUCUUUGUUUGAGCUUGUAUGUUGUUGGUGUUUGCGUCUAUAUGCGUGAAUAAUGCAAUAAUCACAUCAUCCAUCAGUUAACAAAUUAUUGAAUUAAGAGUGUGUGAAGAAGAUAAGAUGCUGAAUACGGCGUCGUUGUUGAACAUGAACAUGAAUGAGACAUUCUACAUCUCCCAUGGUUCGCCGACGCUGGCUAUCGACGAUUCUCAGCCGGCGAGGCACUUCCUCCAAUCUUUCCGGCAAAGGGUGCUGACUCAGAAACCCAACUCCAUAUUGGUUGUGUCUGCACACUGGGAGACCACUCACCCCACCGUCAACCUCAUUAACGGCACUUCCGACACCAUCUACGAUUUCUACAACUUCCCCAAACCCAUGUACCAGCUAAAGUAUCCAGCACCGGGAGCACCUGAAUUGGCGAAGAAGGUGAAGAAACUGAUUGAUGAGUCUGGGAUAUUAUCGGAAGAAGUUGAAGAGGAUAAGAAUCGAGGUUUGGAUCACGGAGCGUGGGUCCCGCUAAUGCUAAUGUAUCCAGAUGCAGAUAUACCUGUUUGUCAACUAUCAAUACAAACAAAUAUGGAUGCAACUUAUCAUUACAAGAUUGGAAGGGCUUUGUCUCCAUUAAAGAAACAAGGUGUACUCAUUCUUGGUUCUGGUUCCGCCACUCAUAACUUACGAACCAUGCAAAACGUCGAUGACAACUCUGUUGCUUCUUGGGCUGCCGAGUUCAAUAAUUGGCUCAAACAAUCCCUUCUCACUGGAAGGUACGAAGAUGUGAACAAGUAUGAGGAGAAGGCACCAUUGGCGAAGCAAGCACAUCCGAGACCUGACCAUCUAUAUCCGUUACACGUAGCGAUGGGUGCUGCUGGUUUAGAUUCAAAAGCUGAACUCAUUCAUGAUAGUUGGUCUAAUUACACUCUCUCUUAUGCCUCCUACAAGUUCACUCAAUCUACUACUUAAACUCAUUCUACCACUUUUAACUUAUUACCUGAAUAACUGUGUGUGUCUGUGUGUGUGUGUUUAUAUAUAUAUACUAUUUCUAGCUCUCUACGGAAUAAAAUCGAAUGUUGCUUGGCUUCUCCGAUUAUACUAUAUCUGUAUCUGUAUCUGCCGCCGCUGUUUGUAACUUCUAUUUCUUCUGAGUUGUGGUUUAAACAUUGUAGUGUGUAUAAUAUAUUUGAUAUGUAAUCCAAUUUUAUUAUGAAAACAUUGAUAUGUGGGUGGGUGGGUCUAAUUUGUUUA